AUGUCAGAGAUCAGCGAAACAAUCAACACCUACCGCCCGGAUCUCACCACCUACGAGGAAUUCUACAAGCAUCUCCAUCGAAAUCCCGAGCUUUCCUUCCAAGAGCGUGAGACUGCGGCUACUAUAUCAGCGCGUCUGACCUCUCUACUCGAUGCCUUCCCCUCCAUAAAAACGUCCAUCCACACUGAGAUCGGGUCCUACGGCCUCGCCGCUGUUCUACACAAUCAGGAUCCACAUGGCAGUAGUCCCACUGUUCUGCUCCGCGCAGACAUGGACGCCCUCCCCGUCGAAGAACAAACGAGGCUUGAACUCAAAAUCCAUGGCCGCUCUGGGCACGCUUCUCAACCCCACCGCACCUGCGACCCCAUUGUUACAGCGGCCCAUACGAUAGUCCGGCUUCAGUCCAUCGCCGCUCGAGAGGUUGAUCCCGAGGAAGGCGCCGUCGUCUCCGUCGGUUACAUCCACGCCGGCAAUGCCGUGAACGUCAUUCCAGACACUGCACACGUCGGCAUCGACGUACGUACCUUCUCGCCAGACACGCGCGCCCACGUGCUUGGGGCUCUGCGCCGCAUCGUCAAUGCAGAGAGCGCCGCCGCCGGGGCGCCGCCGCCCGAACUCGUCGAGGAGCGGGCCUACCCGUUCCUCGUCAAUGACGAGAUGGCAACGCGGAAGGUGGAAGACGUGUUCAGCGCUCAUUUUGGGGACGCGUACGAUGCACAUGCGCAGGGUCUGGGAGGCUCGGAGGAUUUCGGCGUCCUGGCAACGGCCGUGGGGCGUCCGAGCGUCUAUUUCAUGUACGGCGCCACGGACCAGAGACUGUGGGAGAGAUUGAAAAACGAGGGAGAACUGCAAGCGGUACCUAGUACCCAUUCGGCCUCUUUUGCGCCUGUCUUGGAGACGUUAAGGUGUAACAACUUCUUUGACUGGUCGCCGUCGCCCCUGAACCUGGCCUCCGUGUCAGAUAGGCGACGCCAACGGGUCAUCUCGCCCGGGCUCCCACUCUAG